AAAUGGAAACAAGUUGUAGCGGUGACCAGGACUUCAAACUUGACCAAUGCAGCUCAUCGUCAGCUAUUGAUGAGAUGAACUUAGAUCCUCCAAGUGUUCAGUUUGAACCAGAGGAAGUGGAAGCGGCACAGAUGGCCAGAGAAUUAAGAGACAACGCCAUUCAAAACGUUCUGAGCUCAGAUAUCUACUCUCCUUUGGAAACACCACUAACUACUUUUAACCAUGUAAGCCCUAUUAUCGGGUUAAACGUUGCCGCGGAUAGCUUGGAAGCUUCACCAAUUCAUUCAGAACCUAUUCAAGUCGCGCCCUUUUCGCCAUUUUUUACUUUCUCGCCGUAUACUCCAACCCCAGUUGCAUCAGCCGCUGAGUCUGUUCCUCAUGUGUCUCUAAGUGCUGAAAGCUCUAAUGCUUGUGCUUGUUCUCUGCGCAAUAUAGGAAUGUCAAAUGGCUUGCCGUCAUCUUCAAACUCAACACGGCUCUUGCCUCAAGUUGGAUCCUUUGCUCACGAUACUUGUAGGUGCAUUCGACGGCCAAUGUGCUCUGAUUGCAACAAACCUAUCCCUGAAAACCAUUGUAACUGUCGCCACAACACCUGCUCAUCAUCGCACGUUCCUUCAACCAGUACUGUACAUCAUGACAACUCAAACGACGACGACCGCUUGUCUCCGUUACGCGUUGCGAUACCUCAGCGUUGCAAAACAGGUCCUCUAAGUGCCCCUAUGGACGUAUGUUCUCAUAAUUGCUCUUGUAGAAAAGCGAGAAGCGUUGGUCCACUUUUUCAGAGCUUACAAAACCAAUCUUCAGCGGCUCAGUUUUUUACCGAAGACCAGCCGGAGGCUGAAACAGCUGGCGAUGAGCAUUUGAAUGACACGGAUACUUCAUCUGCGCCACCACCCGAACCGUUAAAUUUGAGUCUGCGCGAUGGGGGCCCGCAUAAUAUAGUUGAUGAAAACUCAAGCCAUUUGUCAAGGGAUGAGAAUACAUCUGUAAAUACAACUUUAGAGCAAGGAAGUACAGAUAUCGAGGAGUUUCCUAAUCGCAAACGACCCAUUGAACCUGAACCUGCAGGGUCUUCUAGUGCAACUAGCUCCUCGGUUAAUCAUGAACUUGGUCAUCACAUUGCACGUAAGAUCCAUGUUAAAGACAAAGUGUAUCGCGAACGGGAAACAAGGCCCACGCAGAGCGAUAAUAGACCGUUUCACUCACGACGAAGAAAUCAAGAAUUUUUGGGACAAAAUCAAGCAUUUUCUGGACACGUAUCGCAUGGGUAUAAUACACGAGGAAAUCAUAGAGAUUUAAGGAAUAGAAGCAAUGGCACAUUCUCAAGGUCAGAAUAUGCAACUUCCAAUGCUCCUUUUCACCAGAGAAGAUCCAAUAACAGGGUAACAACUAGUUCUUCAUCAUCAGCAACACAGUCAAGCAGUGAGACAACCCCUGAAACAACAUCGUCAAAUCGAGAUUCUGCUCCUUCAAACUGUCUUUAUCAGGGUGGUCCCAACCAAACAGUUACAGCAUUGCCUCCAGAAGCAAGAAGACCUGUUGCAGCACCACUCUACCCACAACCUCCUCCUCAACCUCCAUUUGCCCAUCAGCAGCUCUACAAUCAGCAACAACAAAUCCAAGAGGAGUACAGGCGUCAAUUGCAAAGAGAGAUGGCAUUCCUGGCUCCACCACAACCACAUGUCACACAUCAACCUACAUCCCGAUUUUCUAGUCAAGAAAGGUUAGCACAGCAGUCGCACGACCAAAGAUCGCUGCCCUUCUCAUCUCGCCGAACUCAAGAAGCUAUUAAUCAAAUCCAAGCUGCUCACCAGGCGGCAUUAGCUAGUAUGCCUAAUCUGCAAUUGGGUUCUGCCAAUAUACUUCGGAAUCUCCAAGAUCAGCAAUCGCAGGCAAGAGCGGUGGGCUCAGCUUCUGCGGCUAUUGAUCCCCUGGGGCUUGCCGCUCAGUAUAAUAUGCGGGCUUCCCAGUUGGCACCUCAAUACUUGCCAUUUGAGUUGCCAAAUGUUAGAAACUACAAUCCAGUGACAGCGGGUCCAGCAGAUCCCAGAUUACCGCCACCAUUAAUUAGUCCUUAUUUCAAUUUCCCUCAUGCUCUCCAAGUACCGUUCUUUGCGAACUACGAUCCAGUGCUACCGCUAAGUUUUCCAGCAACGUCGGCCGCUGCGACGCCCAUCUUGCCAAUCACGCCAGUUAUGGAGUUUUUACCAUUACAACAGCAUCCUCAAAAUCCAGUCACCAUCAGCCUCCUAAGCAAUGCCGCCCGAUUUAUCAGUGUGAGACCACCGCCUCUGGAGCAAAUGAGUCGAGGUGCAUGUCAGCAAGUGAUCGAGCGGUGUACGCUGCCAUUCAAGUUUUCUCAAAUCUGCAAGAAGGUAGACAAACCAGAACCGAAAGUGAAACUGGACAAAGCAGAAGCAGCGGCUGCGUCUUCGAAGAUCGACGAUGAUGACUGGGAGCGCUGUACUGUCUGUCUGACUGAGUUUGAAAGCGGAGAGGAUGUAAGACGUCUUCCAUGCAUGCAUUUGUUCCAUACUGGAUGUGUGGACCAGUGGCUGAGAACAAACAAGCGAUGUCCAAUUUGCAGAGUAGACAUUGAGGCACAGUUGAAAGAUUUCGAAAACUCAUCUCAAAUAUCGCCUAAUGCUGCAGGGCCCAGCACCAUGUCAGCUUGCUCAGCCAUGGUGUAACUCUAACUUUGCUUGUAGUCUGGUUAAAAUAUUUGGCGAAUGGUUUCCAUAAACAGCUUUAGUUGCCGGUAGAGCUAUAGCUUUAAAUCCUCGAAAAAAAAAUUCUGUUCCAAUGCUAUUUGCUCGUUAAUUAGUUUGUUUCUAUAAAAAUAGAGUCCCCUUGUCCAAUUUAAGUUUUGUAUUUAUUCGUUCUAAACAAUAUUAGACUAACAAUCCAAUAAAAUUAUUGUCUAUCCAUGGGCGCUCUGAGUAUUUUUUUAGCUAUUUACUUUUGCGAUAACUUUUGCAAAUGAGUUCUAGACUUUUUCCGUAAAGAGCCUUAUUCUUAAUUUGCGCGUUAAAAUUUAACGUGUCUCAGCGUGCAUUAUGAUAAAUUCAAAUUCAGCGAAUCAUUCUGCUUCUGUAGUGCUAUGGUAGUAUCCAUGUUUGACAACGUUGUGGAUUUCUGAUCCGGCCGGAAAAUGUUUUUUAUUUUCAAACUGAAAGGUUUUGACUCAGAUUAUUGUCUGUCAGUUUGCAAAGUUUCUGCGGAACAGAUUUUUUUGAUGACUUGUUUUAAGCAUGCCGAAUGCCUUCUAUAGGAGUUAACUGAGUUCCACGAUUUAGUCGGCAUUUAUUUGAUAAAAAAAAUUUAUUUGUGUAGCGCAAGUGACGCGAAGCUCGGCUUCGCCUCUGUGUAAUUGAUGUAUACUUGAUAUUUUGUUCUGAAGCAUGAAUGAUUACGUGUACUUACUACUACUAAUUAGAAGAAGCAUUAUUUGAUGAAGUUUUAUAACUGGAACCCAAGCGUCGUAUAGGUUACUUUUAGCUCAAUGGCAUAUAACUGUUUUCACCAGCUUUCUAAUUACAAAAACAUUCCUAGCGUUCGCUUGUGUUCAUCGGGCGCUUCUUUGCCUGUGCUAAAAUAUUGACAGGGUUUUUCUCUGGUAAAUUUGAUUUCUCAAGUUUAUUGUAAACAAAUAAUCGCAGGUGUUUUGGUUGUUUCGGCCUUCGAAGAAAAUGAUGGAAUAUUUGUGCUUGGGGUGGUUUUUUCAGACAAAUUUUGAUUUACCAACCAGAAGUUUUUGACGGAAUUUUUUGUACAGUGUGGAAGCAGGGUUGCAUGAUUAAAAUCAACUUGAUUUAAAUCAAUGAUUGAAAUCGGAUUUUAAUCGUAGAAUAAAAAUCAACCCUUGGUGUUAUCCUGCCGAGUGCCGCGGUAAACAUAC